AUGGUAUGGGAAGGUGAUGGGCCAUACGGUGGCAGGAAGAUGGUGGCAUCCAAAGACAUACCCAAGGGUACUGUCGUUUUGAGAGUGGCUCCAUUCGCAUCAUCAUUGCAAGCAGAUCAAGGGGCCAAGCUUUGCAACAUGUGCUACCAAGAUAUCAGGUACCUCAAUGAAGUGAUCACUUGCCCAAAGGUCAAGAGUAAGAUAUGUAUAGAGUCCCACAAUGACAAGAUAACAAAACAGGAACACGAGGUCGAAUGUAAGCUUGUUUCGGUUAACAAAGAUACUCAAGCUCAAAUGGUCUACAGAGCAGUGAACCGAGCACUACAGAACAAGAACGGCACGGCCAACAAACAGAACACACCAAGAAAGUGGCGCGAGGAUGAUUUGCCAUUCAUAUAUGACACUCUGGAGGACUUGGAAAGACUGUCUUUCUGGGAGAAUAUCUACGCCACGCCGGAGAGGAGUGCUCAUGGCACCAAGGAAGCCAAGUCGAUCAUUGGCACGAUCAAUACUCUGAAGGGUAGUUCAUACCUGAAGCCUUUGGACGAGACGUUCAUCCAAGACCUGUGCACACUCACCAAUAUUCAUCCAAUUAUUGACUUUACCAACUUUGAUCAGGGCCAAGGCAUCUACCCCAGCGCAGCACUGAUCAACAACGGAUGCGUGCCAAACACAAUCUUUUACACAGACAACCACUGUAUGCUUGUGUACCAUAGCAACCGGGCGAUCAAGGAGGGAGAAGAGAUCACUGGCAACUUCAGUUACCCAUUGUUGCCCACUGUAGACCGCAGACGCACUCUCCAAUAUCAUGGAUUCAUCUAUUGUACAUGCGAUCAUUGCAAGGCACUCGAGGACAAUGAGUAUCAAUGUCCAAAAUGUGGCCAUGCACUCAACAAGUCCUACCUCAGGACUUGGGAGCCACAGCCGUCAAUCGACUUUGAUGGACAGGUCUACGUAUGCAGCAAGGGUCAAGCCACUAUGGCCACGAUCUACAAAGUGCUGGAGGUGUAUAUGGAGGAAGAGUGUGCCAAACCAAGAGAGGAUACCAUUCUUAGACGGUACUUCCAGCCCAUCAGUGCUCUCUGGAUGAGAUACCAACGCGAUCUGAACUACAGUCAUAUGACCAACAAUUUCAGCAAGACAAUGUAUGGCAUCAAACUAUUGAAGCAAUACUACGAGACCGUGUUGGGCAACAAUGUCAAGGACAUCAUCCCAUUCAACUAUAGUCAAUGCUUUAUUACGACAAUCAGAGCGAUGGAACAUGGAAAGAAGAAUGCAAAGGAGUUGAAGGAGGUCAAGAGGCAGUUCCGACAGCACUUGGAAGACACCAUCCGGAUAUCAAAUCACAGCUGCCUUGAACUAUUCGAGCUCUGUUUCGGGGAGUAA